UGUGUAAAAAAGAAAAAGCAAUGGUGAAUUUUCCGUUUACAUGUAACACAUUUCUACAAAAACAAAUGUACCUGUAUAAAUACAACAUUUAUUUUUGUGUACUACAGUGUUGACUUUUCCCAAUACAUUUAAUCAUCACAAGUGCUGAGUGAAUGAAUGAAUAAAUGAAUGAAUGAUUUGGUAAAGAUACAAUGGAGUAUCUUGUUUAAUGGUGUGCAGUAGGACCCAGGGGAUGACUGCCACUCUGGAGGACAGAGGAGUAUGUGUCUGUUUGAAAGGGGAAGAAAAAAAAUCACAGAGACACAAUGUGUGACAGUCACAGCCCUUCACAGCACCGGACACCGUGUGGAAGAGCAUCCUGACGGACACCAGCCUAAGUGGUGUGAAUACUGAUCAACACCACUGGAAACGGGAAGAGCAGGUGGGACCAUAACCUUUCUGCUUCACCUGGAUUUUGUUAGAUGGAAAUAGCAGUAUAGGGACACCUGUAUGAACUUCGCUAUUUGGGGCCGGUGCUUUCCUGGUUGGUAAUUCUUUUGAAGGAUCCGUCAUGCACUUUAGUUGUUCUCCACUGAAAUCACCUGAGAUGUUGAGUGUUGAAACACUGGCCUCCUGUGGGAUUGUGCUGUACUUGUUUUAAUGUCUGCAAGAGGAAAGUUUCCAUACACGUGUAAAAAAUGUCCAGAUGUUCAUGUCACAAAUCUGAUUGGAGAAUUAUCAAAAAAAGUAAAGACGUCCCUGAAGUUGACCGAGAUGGUUUCAACACCAAUGCUUGACACACAGAAGAAAAAGCAACAUUUAAGCAUGGAGAAGCUUGGUUCCAUCUCAAACCCAUGAAGCAUGGAGAAAGCCAUGCCAGGUCUGGUGCUGGGUCUCCUGACCAAUCAAACAACUCCAAAUGACACGUCCGGCCAGCGGAGCACAACCAAGCCUACCCCUCCCAGCAUGGAGGAGGUCAUCCGCUCAGAAUCCCAGAUUAAGGAUCUUGUUGGGCUGUUUUGCAUGGUGACCCUUAACCUGGCAGCCCUAUUGGGCAACAGCGGAGUCAUGGUGGCCAUUGCCCGAGCUCCUCACAUGAAAAAAUAUGUGUUUGUGUGUCAUCUUUGUGCAGUUGACCUGCUUUGCUCUAUAUUGCUAAUGCCUCUCGGGAUAGUAUCUAGUUCUCCGUUCUUUAGCACUGUAGCAUUUACUGUUCUGGAGUGCCAGGUCUACAUCUUUCUAAAUGUGUUUCUCAUCUGUGCCUCUAUACUUACUGUGACCGCCAUCAGUAUUGAACGCUACUACUACAUUGUCCAUCCUAUGCGAUAUGAGGUAAAGAUGACUCUAAACCUGGCGCUCGGUGUCAUGAUCUUCAUUUGGGUUAAAUCCUUCCUGCUGGCGUUGGUUACGCUUCUUGGAUGGCCAGCAUAUGGGAAUCAGAGCUCCAUUGCAGCGGCCCAUUGCUCUUUGCACUGGAGCCACAGCCGCCUCAGGAAGGUUUUUGCUAUUCUCUUCAGCGUGCUUUGCUUCUUGGUUCCCACUGUUGUGAUUUUUGCCGUUUAUUGCAAUGUAUACAAAGUCGCACGAACAGCAGCCCGUCAGCAUGCACCGAUGCCCACUUGGACGGCCAACCAGGCCAAGCGCCGCUCUGAUUCCAUUAACAGUCAGACCACUAUCAUCACCACCACCCGCAGCCUCCCCCAGAGAUUGUCUCCUGAGAGGGUUUUUGGGGGCAGAAAGGCUGCUAUCACCCUGGUCGUCAUUGUGGGCCAGUUUCUUAUCUGCUGGCUCCCAUACUUCAGUUUCCACCUUCACAUGUCCAUCACCACUCCACUUCAGAGCCCAGGGGACAUUGAAGAAGCCGUCAUGUGGCUAGCAUACUCCUCAUUUGCUGUAAAUCCCUUCUUCUAUGGUCUUCUAAACCGACAGAUCCGCGAGGAACUGAUAAAACUGAGAAAAUGUUGCGCCAGUAGACCCGUUGAACUUCGCACCUCCAGUCACGAAGGUUCCAUCCAGGAAAACUUUCUUCAGUUUCUGCAGAGGACCAGCAGUACGGCUGAGACCACCAGGCCCAGUUGUGCAAAUUCCAGUCCGAGGAAUAAUGUGGAUCAGGGUGCCAGAUUACCUGGCCAGAUCCCUGAGGAAUGACUAGGAAAACGUUUCUAGUCCCACAAGCUAAAUCAGGCCUUAUGAAGUUUUGUUUUGAAUAAAAAUAGCUUUAAUUCAAUGUUAAAACCAUGCCAAAUCAAAUCUAAAUGUUCUUUGGAUCAGUGUAAUGUAAUCUAUGUCUCCAUAAUUUGCUGUUAUGGUUCCCAUAGAUCCGUGGCAACAGUAAGUAUUCAAGAUAAGGUUGAAUAUCAAAUUUCACAAUUUAUGUUGCAUAUUCAUUGUUUAGUUAUCUGAGAAUCACUCUCAGUCAUCAUUCAUCCAUUUCAUAAUAUCAACACUCAUGCUCAAUAAUUAUUAUUAUUUAAGACUCAUAAUGGUGCCUAUAUUGAUAUUAUCAUGACAAAUAUAUCAGUUAUUAAUAAUAUUAUGUACGUUAUUUCAGUGAAACUAAUAAAACAUUUCUAGCAUUUGAAA